AUGUCAAUUGCCCUAUUUUUAUGCUUAUUAACUGCCUCUCAACUUUAUGCAGAUGUGGUAUCAAUUUCCACUUAUGCUUCGCCGAGUCUUCGCCUCAUCGACGAAGAGCUAACCAAUCUAUCCUCUGCCUGUCUGUCUUCUCGAGAUGACGAAGAAAUCACGGGAUAUGUACUGAAACACGGAGCAGCCAGAUUCUUGAAUACUCAUUUGCUGGAAGAAUCAGUAUCAGUCAUCGGUCUGAUUGAGUUACGCUCCGUCCUCGGAUUCGCACCCUACGUUCCAUGGACACACCGCAAGAAUCCGACUGAUGACGAGAUUGCAGCUUCCUCAACUAUCGAGGAAUUCUACGAGUUGAAGGAGCCUUUAAGCGUUUUGCAUGGUCCUUACAAUGAUUUUGUGCUUGAAAAAUAUUUAGCUCCCGCUAUCGCGUUUUUGGACAAGCGGUUCCCCAUUAUUCGGGAUAUUUAUCGAAUGAAUUUUGAAAAAAGUGUUGCCAGUCUCAAUGGAAACGUUGACAGAGAAGGAGUGGAAUAUAUGAUAAAAGAGUAUAUUAAUACAUUUAAACGAGUGGAAAAAGCGACAAAAGGAUUACGAGAAGGAACUAUUGAGUGUAAUAAAAAACGAGUUUAG